CUUUCCUGCUCAAGUAACACAUCAGCCAUUGAGGAUAAGUUGAAGACAUCAAAGCUAUAGGCGGCUGCUCCAUCAGAAGACAGCCCCUAAUAAUUACUAUUUGGUUUCCUGUCGGGUCCGUGCGGCUUCAUGCUCGGUUACAGCGGAGGCGUUUGAGUCUGUCGGCGUGUGUGCAGCGCCAGGUGUCGGCCAGAGAGUGUGGGAAAAUGCCAUCUUUUUCAUGGAGGGUUUGGCCUGCACUUUUGUUGCUCCUCUUCCCUUCCACUGUGGCUGCCGAAGAGUCGUCACUACUGGAAGGCUGGCAAGAUGUCUGGUUCUUCCGCUUCCUCGUCAACAUGCUGGGUUACUCCACCAUCAUCAUCCCGGGCUACCUCCUCAUUAGCUAUUUCAAGCGCAUCAAUUACUUAGAAACAGGUAGUGGGAUUUGCUUCCCUAUCAUAAAGACCUGUGUGUUCGGCAGUGAUGCCAAAACAGGUCUGUUGGAUGACGUGCCAGUUGCCAUCAGGAACGAGGGUGAUUCAGGAUCGUCAGUCAAACAGGUCAUCAAAUUGAUCUUUUGUGCUGCUGGACUGCAGGCAUCGUACCUGACAUGGGGAGUCCUGCAGGAGAGGGUAAUGACUCGUGCGUAUGGAGCCACGACUCCAGAGGAGGAAGGUGAGAAAUUCAAGGACUCGCAGUUCUUGGUCUUCAUGAACCGUAUCCUGGCUCUGACCGUGUCAGGCCUGUGGUGCCUCCUGUUCAAACAACCUCGCCACGGGGCGCCCAUGUACAAGUACUCCUUCGCCUCGCUGUCCAACAUCCUGAGCAGCUGGUGUCAGUACGAGGCCCUCAAGUACAUCAGCUUCCCCACUCAAGUCCUGGCCAAGGCCUCCAAAGUCAUUCCUGUCAUGCUCAUGGGUAAGAUCGUCUCCCACAAGAGCUACGAAUACUGGGAGUACUUUACCGCCAUGCUGAUCUCAGUGGGUGUCAGCAUGUUCCUGCUGUCCAGCACGUCCAGCAAGCACCCAUCCACCGUCACCACCUUCAGCGGGAUCCUCAUCCUCAUCGGCUACAUCGUCUUCGACAGCUUCACCUCCAACUGGCAGGACAACCUGUUCAAGCACAAGAUGUCGUCUGUGCAGAUGAUGUUCGGGGUAAACCUGUUCUCCUGCCUCUUCACUGUCGGCUCGCUGCUGGAGCAGGGUGCCUUCUUCGACUCGCUGGCCUUCAUGACUCGCCACUCCGAGUUUGCCUUUCAUGCCGUGUUGCUGUCCGUGUGCUCGGCGUGCGGCCAGCUCUUCAUCUUCUACACCAUCAACCAGUUUGGUGCCGCGGUCUUCACCAUCAUCAUGACCCUGCGGCAGGCCAUCGCCAUCCUCCUCUCCUGUUUCCUCUACGGUCACGCCAUCACCAUGGUUGGUGGCUUCGGUGUCGCUGUAGUAUUCUUGGCACUUUUCCUACGGGUGUACGCACGUAGCCGCAUGAAGUCAGGCCGGCGGCCAGCACAGCCGCUCGGACAGAAGGUGUAGUGCUCCGAAGCCGCACCAGACUAGGACCUGAGGCCACGUUUUCUGUGGUGCUUUUUUUUGUCUGUUUGUGUGUAUCUGUUGGGUUUGUUUUUUGUUUUUUUUUUUACUGCUCUUUUCCAUUUGUUUUUAUUUUUGUCAGCAGUGGUAUAGAAAGGGAUUCUGCAGUUUUGACUCUUACACCAAGAUGCCCCUAAGGGGUCCAUGUGAUUUGUCAGGUCAGCAGUCACAGAACUUUUGAGUGCCUGUAAGAUUGUCUGAUACACGGGUCCCAAACCAUAAACUGUGCAAACUGCCUCCUCACCUCUUUCACAGUUAAACAGUAGAGUAUCCUAAACCACCAGACAUGGCUUGUGUGUCAACUUAUUCCAAAUAUUGGACAAGACUGUCACCUAAUGUAAAGACUUUCUAUCCGUUGAGGUAUCUUUCAGUCACCAUAGCCACAUGCUUAUCUCACAGUCCUCCAUGUUGGAGAGCAGGGGCCUUUUAUGUGUCUUAACGCGGGAUUUUAUCUUUUUAAAGCUGUAAACAUAGCCAGAACACAUGGUGCAUAUUUUACUAUUUAAUUUUAGGUGUAUUAACAUGUAACAUAGGCUACCAUCUGUAAUAAAGGGUGGUAAAUAGCUUGUGUAAUAAAGCGCACUACUUACAAAUUGUAUAAUUUACAAUCACUGAAGCAGAUGCUGAUGUUGGUACUUUUUGCACCGCAUUAUUUUAAGGGUUUUUUUUUGGGUUACAGUCUUUACUUCAUAUUAUGAAAUCGGGCUAGAAAUGUAAUAGAAUAUUAUCUCUACGCCAUUGUUUAUUUUCAGGCAACUUGUCUGUUGUGUACUUUUUUAAAAGGACUGCUUCAAGUGUUUAUUACAUGUGAGUGUUUGGAAGAAUACUGAAUGGAUGAUGAUGAUGAUGUCGUCAUAGGGUGUGAAAAUACUUUUG